CAUUUUCGUGGAAGGAAGAACCGCUGCUAUAAGCUGGCUGUACGAAGUGUUCGGAGAGCUUUUGUGAGGUCUACAAAGGCCAGAAGAGAGAAGAAGAGAUUCCUCAGAGCGCUUUGGAUCACAAGGAUUGAAGCAGCUUCUCUUGAACAUGGUUUGAAAUACCCAGCUUUCAUAAGCAAUCUGAUUAAGUCCCAGGUGGAGCUGAAUAGGAAAAUGAUUGCUGAUUUGGCUAUUUAUGAGCCAAAGACAUUCAAGUCUCUAGCUGCCUUAGCCCAGAGGAGGAGACAAGAAGGCUUCCUUGCUGCCCUGGGAGAUGGAAAAGAACCGGAGGGGAUAUUUUCACGUAUUGUACACCACUAUUGACAGUGAAAGAGUCUGCAGAU